AUGCUCAAAGUUAUUUACGCGGAGUGCAAGAAAACCUCCAACGGCAUAAGCGCGCACGCAAGUCACGGCGGUGCCUCGCGCAAGAGCUUCCAGUGUAAUAGAUGUCAUGCCCGAUUCUCUCGAAGGUCUUGCGUUAUACCUCAGCCGCAGGUGUCGUGGGAGGCCAUGCCAGGUAUGCAUACCCCCGCGGCAAGGGAGGGCAUACCGUCACCAUCGACCACCAGUCGCAACCCAGCCGAACGUGUUCUGAUCGACGAAACCUUUUGGGAGGAUCAUGGUACAUUUGCUACUGAUAUACCCCAGAGUUACUCCUCUUCCUCGCCGAGUAACCACGCCAAUGGCGAAGAAACAUACGUAAAACAAUAUUUUGAGCAUUUCCACCCGUCUUUCCCUCUGUUACAUCGACCUACAUUCACAGUGUCCUCGACACCAAAAUUACUGCUGACGGCCGUGACUGUCAUUGGGAGCUUAUUCUCUCCCAACUUGUACGAUCAUGAGGAAACCCGAGCUCUCGCACACUGGCGUCAAGAUGUAUGGCAAAUUGGACAGGAAGAGCUCCAGCAAAUGGUACAUGGUGAAACCCUACUAUUCUGUCUUGAGAGCGAUUAUCUGAUCAAAAUUGUAACAGGUGUCCUCGAAUUGCAGUGA